GCAAACGUGCAAGCAACAACCACAGUUUGCUCAGCUCAGUCAGGGCUCAGUCUUUCCCGAGCACUGGUUGGGUGGUGUUACGAAUUGGUCCAUUUCCCCUACAAUCAUGACUGAAAACAGAAACAAGGUAGAAGCCCUGACUCGUGACUUGGAGCUGCCCAAUGAUGUCCUAUUAAAGGUUUCAUCGCUACUGCUCGACGAAUUCAACAAAGGCCUGGGCAAAGACACACACAAGACGGCCGAAGUGAAGAUGUUUGUCACGUACGUACGAGAUGUGCCGGACGGCAGUGAACACGGCACGUUCCUCGCUCUGGACCUGGGCGGCACCAAUUUCCGCGUCCUCCUCAUCAAUAUCAAAGGGGACGAGUUCAGCAUGCAAAACGAAAUUUAUGCCGUGCCCCAGGAGAUAAUGUUGGGAACGGGAGAGGAGCUCUUUGACCACAUAGCCGAAUGUCUAGCCACCUUCAUGGACAAAUAUCAAGUGAGAGGUCGCAAACUGCCCCUGGGUUUCACCUUCAGCUUCCCCUGUCGCCAGGAGGGCCUGACCAGUGCCCGGCUCGUUACUUGGACCAAGGGCUUCAAGUGCACGGGCGUCGAGGGCCAGGAUGUGGUGCAGUUGCUGCGAGAGGCCAUCAACCGACGGAAGGACGUUGCCAUCGACGUGAUGGCAGUGGUGAACGAUACGACGGGAACUCUCAUGUCCUGCGCCCACAAAAACAAACAGUGCCGCUUGGGUCUUAUUGUGGGGACUGGCACCAAUGCCUGUUACAUGGAGAAACUGGAGAACGUGCAGCUGUGGGAUGGUGAUGGUGAGGGGCCCCAUCAGGUGAUGAUCAACACCGAAUGGGGAGCCUUUGGAGACCACGGCACGCUGGACUUUGUGCGCACCCUCUACGACCGGCAAGUGGAUGAAAAUUCUCUGAACCCUGGCAAGCAGCUGUUUGAGAAGAUGAUUUCGGGCAUGUACAUGGGGGAACUGGUGCGCCGUGUGGCGGUCCACCUUGCCCAGGAGGGUCUCCUCUUCCACGGAAAGCUUUCGGAGAAGAUGAGAACCAUGUACGCCUUUAAGACCAAGUACAUUUCCAUGAUUGAGAGCGAGGCCAGGGGCUGUUACGACCAGACCAGACUGGUCUUGGUAAAGAUGGACCAGGUCGCAACGGACGAGGAUUGCGAGUGCCUGAGACUCGUGUGCACUCGCGUGUCUACGCGGGCGGCGCAUCUGGUCUCUGCAGCGGUGGCCACCAUCCUCAACAAGAUGAAGCGCCCCCACACCACCGUUGGCGUCGACGGUUCAGUCUAUCGCUAUCACCCGCGUUUUCACUCCCUCAUGGAGGCCAAGAUUGCGGAGCUGGUGCAUCCUCAGUACAAGUUUGACCUAAUGCUUUCUGAAGACGGCAGCGGUCGUGGUGCAGCCCUAGUAGCGGCGGUCGCGGUGCGGACGCAAGAGCGGAAGUAGUGACUAAUUUAUUGAGUCCAUAACAUUCCUUCUGUACAGAUAUUUUUAACUCCAUCAUUUUAGACCAGGGACGUCAUUCGUUUUACGAGGGGAAAUACGCCUCUCGGGUGAGAAUCUCGUAAAAAAACGCCGGUGGAAAAAAACUUUGUUAGACAGGAUGUAUUUUAAAAUGAUCUCUCUCAGUAGCAACAGAUGUGGAAUGGGAGGACAUAUACACUUGGUGUUGUGGCGAGAGAUUGCAAUCCCUGGUUGUAAAGCCAGUGAUAGUUUAGGCAGGUGCGAUUUCUGUCCAGGCUGGUUUUUCGACUGAAAUAAAUGUUUAGUACAAUA